CUCUCUCUCUCUCUCUCUCUCUCUCUCUCUUGAUAUCGCUAUUAUGGAGUCAAGUGACACAACUGCAACGACCAUUACUUCACCAUCUUCCCGCUCUGUUUCACCUUCUUCAUCGUCUUCUCCACCUCCUCCGUCCGUCGUAAUUACCCCAUGUGCAGCCUGUAAGAUUCUAAGGCGAAGAUGCGCAGAGAAGUGUGUGCUGGCACCCUAUUUUCCUCCCAAUGACCCUCUCAAGUUCACCACUGCUCAUCGUGUCUUCGGUGCUAGCAAUAUAAUCAAGUUCCUGCAGGAAUUACCGGAGUCUCAGAGAGCUGAUGCCGUGAGUAGCAUGGUAUACGAGGCUAAUGCCAGACUUAGAGACCCAGUUUACGGAUGUGCAGGUGCAAUUUCUCAACUUCAGAGACAAGUCAGUGAGCUCCAAGCACAAUUAGCAAAGGCACAAGCUGAGCUAGUAAAUAUGCAUUGCCAACAAGCCAACCUCAUGGCAUUGGUUUGCAUGGAAAUGUCCCAGUCCCCGGAAGCAUCACCACCACAAUCCUUCGACAACUUCACUGAUAACCAACAUAGCUUUGCGAGUAAUUUGAGCUUCCUCGACGAAAACAAUCUAGGAUCGUUAUGGGAGAGUACUCUAUGGACAUGAUCAAUUAUUGUUGAUUCGAGGAAAAAUCCGAUUCAGGUCCAAUGCUCCCCAACUCUGAGCUAAUUGCAUCAAGGGGAGAAGAAAAUUGAAGAACACAUACAAAUAAAUAUGGUUUAGUAGCUUAGCAGAACCAGAUGUAAUAUAGUAUGAAUAGAAGAGAGAAAAACUAAGGCUAGUAAGGCUCUAAUUACUAUGUUCUUGAUAGGGCAAUUGAAGUUGACUGGUCUUUUCCCUCCAUGUUAUCUUAAUAUGAGAAAGAGAGAUG